AUGACCGACGAAAGAGACAACUCCGACAGUGACUGGGAACAUUUACAAACCAUGUGUAAAGACACACCACCGACAGAGAAGGGCGAUACCGUCCAGAAUGAGAUUGGCGAAUCUGGCAAUAAUUCUGAUGAAAAGAAAAAAGGCGAACCACCCCAAGAGAAGAAUGCCAAAGUAGAAGAGAACAAAACACCAUCCGAGGACCAUGUCAAAGCGGACAAGGAUAGCACACCUCAAGACAAGCCUAUCGAAAAAAAGGAUAAAUGUCCUCACAACAGUUCUGUCAAGGGCAAAGACGAUAAGUCAUCUCACGACCAUCAUAACAAAAAGGAAGAGAGCAAACCACCUCAGGAUGAUCUUGUCAAAGCAAAACAACUUGCCAACCCCCCAGAAAACCAUCCUAUCCCCGGAAAAUCAUGCAUCAUUGCAACCAGAACCAAGCCACCACGAUUCUACGUCCUUAAGAACGGACAGCCGGAAUUUUUAGCUAAACCUAUCCUAAGCGGUGGCCACAUCUGGAACACUGAGGAAAAGGACGGCUGGUUGAGCUUUCGUAAUGAGACCUCUGGUACUUGUCUAGGCCAAAAUAAAGAAGGCAAAGUCGAAGCGACGCAGAAGCAACCUAAACAACAAGAACGCUUCACUGCAAGAAGGAAAGAGAAUGGUGGAUACGUGUUAUUCGUUCUCCAGGAGACAGCGCUAUUAGGGGUGGCCAUCUCGGAGGAUGGCCAAUCUUUAGUAUUGCAAAAGGGCGAGGGGGAGGCUUUGGAUUUCAUCGAUUCCAAGUACUUGGACGGUCCUAUGUCCCUCAAGUAUCCCAACAUGCCAGCGCAGAAGUUACGAUAA